AGACUAGAGAGAAGAGAAUCGGAGGAAGAAGAAAAGAUUGUUUGCCUGGAUAUGGGUGUUGAUCCCUGGGCUGUCGCCAUGGACUCCUUUUCCUCAGUUUGGACUUCCCACCAUGAGAGGACGGGGGAGUUGCUUCAUAAGCUUCUACGUGCCACCUGGGAACUGGAAGCGCUUCAAAGCAGCGUCGAGGAGGAAAGGAGGGAAAGAGAGGAACAUAUCAAUCAGCUAAUCCAAAUCCUGAAGGCAACCACCCAGGAAAGAGAUGAAGCCAGGGAACAACUGCAGGUCUUGCUCAACAAAAUCUCCGAGCCUAACUUGCCCGAGCUUGUUCAUGCCCUCUCCCACCUCCAACCUCAGAGUCCACAGAUUUGGCAGGCCAGAGGCAAUUCCAUCGUCAUGGAAUCCGAAAGCCUAUCCGAAGCUCCGAAUCAUCACUCUUAUGGAUCCUCUCCUGCCGAGUCGUUCUCUGUGACGAGCAUGCAUGGUGCUGAUUCCUGCGCCAUGGGACUCCCGCGGCCGCCGCUGUUUCUUAGUGAGAAUGAUCGCUCUUCGUCGAUGGUGAUCUCGCCGGGCGCGGGCGCUGCAAGAUAUGAUCGCGCUGAUGCUAUAAUUGACGCCAUGUCUGCGAAAAAGCCAUUGCCUGAGAAAGGAAAACUGUUGGAAACCAUGCUGAAACUUGGCCCGACGCUGGAGACUCUCAUGGUGGCUGGUUCCCUCCCUCACUGGCGAAAUCCUCCUCCGCUGCAAUCAAUUCAGGUUCCUCCUGUGACGAUCAAAGCUUGCCACGCUCAGCUGCUGAACCGAGUUGCCCUGUUGAACUCUAAUCAUUUGAUUCAGAGUUCUUCAUAUGAGAAGGCCAAUGGAUUGUCUCGGAUGCAACCUGCGUCGAUUUUGGAAUUUUCUAGUACGCUGAGCUUGCAUACCGGGGCUUUGCCUUGUGUAAGCGGCGACCAGAGCUUGAGGCCAAGCGACAGGGAAUUCAAUAAACUUCUAGUAGAUGAUGCGAGGGAAAUGUCUUGGUUUGGUUAGGUUUCAGGAAGACACGUGUUCUGAUUUUCUUUAUUUUAGGAA